AUGCAUACGCUCGACAUUCAUUCAUCAAGGCAUCAAGUCUACCUACUUGUGAAUCCCGUCGUGAAGGAUCUCGGCGGAGCCCUCGCGCGUCUGGGCUAUACCACAGACAAGCCGCCUGUGGUGCUCACAAAUGGCACCGACCUCAAGCUCUACGAGACAUCGGUCAACGAGCUUCAUCCGCUGAUCACCCAGGGAGGCGGAGCCAAUGUUUGGUACAUCGAUACGCCUCCAGACUCGGAAAGUCCUAUGCAUCGGACCGUGAGCCUGGACUUUGUCAUCCAGGUCGCGGGCGAGAUCGAACUCACCCUGUCCUCUGGUGAAACGCGUAUCAUCAAGCCCGGGGACAUGACAAUUCAGCGAUCUACGUUGCACAAAUGGCGCAACCCCAGCAAGAGACAGUGGUCUCGCAUGGUUGGUGUCAUGUCGGAGUGCCAGCCCGUUGUCACUAAGAAUGGAACUUUGGGUGCGGAAUUUCCGAGACACUGA